AUGAGGAACGAGGGCUGCGUAAGCGAAGAGGAAUCUUAUAUUCCCCCCGAGUACUUACCUUUUAGUGCAUUCUUCUGCCCGCCUUCCCAAGCUUUUGUACUCUCUAGCUUCCUACUAUACACCAGGAGACUCUUGAGCAUCUCUUCAGAUUGUUGUUCUUCUGAUAUUUUUACCAUCGCCAAGAUCUACAGUACUUGCGAGCCCCUGCUCUUCUCUACAGUACCCCGGAGCCCCCUGAUCUUCUUUACUGUACCCCCAGAGCACCCUGAUCUUCUCUACAGUAUCCUAGAGCCCCCUGCCCUCCUCUACAGCACCCUGGAGACCCCUACUCUGUUCUACAGUACCGCCGGAGGCCCCUGCUCUUCUCUACAGUACCCCGGAGCCCCUUGCUCUUUUUACAGUACCCUGGAGCCCCCUGAUCUCCUCUACAGUACCCUGGAGUCCCCUGCUCUGCUCUACAGUACCCCGGAACUGCCUGCUCUGCUCUACAGUAACCCAGAGCCCCCUGCUCUGCUCUACAGUACCUUAGAGCCCCUUGUUCUGCUCUACAGUACCCCAGAGCCCCCUGCUCUUCUCUACAGUACCCCGAAGCUGCCUGCUCUGCUCUACAGUACCCUGGAGCCCCCUGCUCUGCUCUACAGUACCUUAGAGUCCCCUAUUCUGCUCUACAGUACCCCGGAUACCCUGGAGCCCCCUGAUCUCCUCUACAGUACCCUGGAGUCCCCUGCUCUGCUCUACAGUACCCCGGAACUGCCUGCUCUGCUCUACAGUAACCCAGAGCCCCCUGCUCUGCUCUACAGUACCUUAGAGCCCCUUGUUCUGCUCUACAGUACCCCAGAGCCCCCUGCUCUUCUCUACAGUACCCCGGAGCUGCCUGCUCUGCUCUACAGUACCCUGGAGCCCCCUGCUCUUCUCUACAGUACCUUAGAGUCCCCUAUUCUGCUCUACAGUACCCCGGAGUCCCCUGCUCUUCUCUACAGUACCCCGGAGCCCCCUGCUCUGCUCUACAGUACCUUUGAGCCCCCUGCUCUGCUCUACAGUACCUUAGAGCCCCCUGUUCUGCUCUACAGUACCCUGGCACCCCCUGAUCUGCUCUACAGUACCCUGGAGCCCCCUGCUCUUUUUACAUACCCCAGAGCCCCCUGCUCUUCUCUACAGUACCCCGGAGCUGCCUGCUCUGCUCUACAGUACCCUGGAGCCCCCUGCUCUGCUCUAGAGUACCUUAGAGCCCCUAUUCUGCUCUACAGUACCCCGAAGUCCCCUGCUCUUCUCUACAGUACCCCUGAGCCCCCUGCUCUGCUCUACAGUACCCCGGAGCCCCCUGUUCUGCUCUACAGUACCUUAGAGCCGCCUAUUCUGCUCUACAGUACCCUGGAGUCCCCUGUUCUUCUCUACAGUACCCCAGAGCUGCCUGCUCUGCUCUACAGCACCCUGGAGCCCCCUGCUCUGCUCUACAGUACCUUAGAGCCCCCUAUUCUGCUAUACAGUACCCUGGAGUCCCCUGCUCUUCUCUACAGUACCCCGGAGCCCCCUGCUCUGCUCUACAGUACCCCGGAGCCCCCUGCUCUGUUCUACAGUACCUUAGAGCCCCCUGUUCUUCUCUACAAUACCCCGGAGCCCCCUGCUCUGCUUUACAGUACCCCGGAGCCCCCUGCUCUUUUUACAUAUCCCGGAGCUGCCUGCUCUGCUCUACAGUACCCCAGAGCCCCCUGCUCUGCUCUACAGUACCUUAGAGCCCCCUGUUCUGCUCUACAGUACCCCAGAGCCCCCUGCUCUUCUCUACAGUACCCCGGAGCUGCCUGCUCUGCUCUACAGUACCCUGGAGCCCCCUGCUCUGCUCUAGAGUACCUUAGAGCCCCUAUUCUGCUCUACAGUACCCCGAAGUCCCCUGCUCUUCUCUACAGUACCCCUGAGCCCCCUGCUCUGCUCUACAGUACCCCGGAGCCCCCUGUUCUGCUCUACAGUACCUUAGAGCCGCCUAUUCUGCUCUACAGUACCCUGGAGUCCCCUGUUCUUCUCUACAGUACCCCAGAGCUGCCUGCUCUGCUCUACAGCACCCUGGAGCCCCCUGCUCUUCUCUACAGUACCUUAGAGCCCCCUAUUCUGCUAUACAGUACCCUGGAGUCCCCUGCUCUUCUCUACAGUACCCCGGAGCCCCCUGCUCUGCUCUACAGUACCUUAGAGCCCCCUAUUCUGCUAUACAGUACCCUGGAGUCCCCUGCUCUUCUCUACAGUACCCCGGAGCCCCCUGCUCUGCUCUACAGUACCCCGGAGCCCCCUGCUCUGCUCUACAGUACCUUAGAGCCCCCUGUUCUUCUCUACAGUACCCCGGAGCCCCCUGCUCUGCUCUACAGUACCCCGGAGCCCCCUGCUCUUUUUACAGUACCCUGGAGCUUCCUGAUCUCCUCUACAGUACCCUGGAGCCCCCUGCUCUUCUCUACAGUACCUUAG